UUCUUUCUUUCUUUUGAGCAAAACUCACCGUGUGAUCUGAAACCUCAAACCCAUCUGGCCGUCGACAAGCCCUCCGCCCCCUUUCGCUGUCGCCGACCCGCCGCCUCCGGCGAGAGCGACUCCACCUCACAACCGUCGGGCGUCCGGCCGUGCUCCACCGCCGACCCGUCUCAUCUUCCUAUCCAGGUCACCAUCCGCUGGCCACUCCCUUCGGAUCCUAGGCUCGUCUUCUCCGGAUCCAAAGGUACUAGUGAGCUUUCGCCAUGUCGAGGCUGCGGGCGCUCUGGCAAGCUUCCGUGAACGCUACCAAGAGAGCUGUUGUAUGGAAUUCAGAAGAUUUAUUUCCACCAAGUGAAAGAUACAUCUUCAAUUUCAAUUCAAAAGAUGAGGUGAAGAAGUGGCACUUGUACUCGGAUUCAGAGUAUGGAGGUUUAUCAUCUGCAUCACUGGAGAUAACUGAUAGUGUUUCUGGUGGAGAUACUUCAUCAACUGGUGUCUUUUCUGGCAACCUCUCCUUGGAUAUGUCCGAGGGAUCACCAUGGAGGAUCAGGCGAAGUGGUUUCUGCGGAAUGCGAUCAAAGAAGUUUGAUGGUUUCAUCGAUCUUGAUUCAUAUGACACAAUAGCAAUUAAGCUCAGAGGGGAUGGAAGAACUUACAUAUCCACUAUAUACACAGAGAACUGGGUGAAUUCACCUGGACAAGAGGAAGAUAACUCGUGGCAGGCUUUCGUGUACGUACCACAGGGUGGCUGGCGCAUCCUGAAGAUCCCUCUUGCUAGCUACUUGCCUACAUGGAAAGGAAACGUGAUCGAAGCGGAGAUGGAAAUGAAUCCUUCUCGCGUCGUGGGAAUGUCUGUCUCGUUAAAUGCAGAAGGCGGCGUUCCUGGUGCUAAGACUGGGCCAGGCGAUUUUAGAUUAGACAUCGAUUGGAUCAAGGCGAUGAGGGCACUGUGAUUUCCACAGCCUGUCUUUCGGCUUUCGCAGUAUAUUUCUGGUCCUAAAAUUCCAAGAGCGUUUCAUUCUAUGUAGUUGCUCGCCGAGCUCCUUCACAAAAGAGAAUCUCAUCCUGUAUGCAGCUACUUUGUCCUACGGUGAUAGAUGAGUGUCAUCAAUAACCAGGGGUAUGAACGGUAAAACCAUCAUACGACAGAUUGUCAAAUCCUGCAUCCAUCGUAGAUGCAUGAAAUGUUUCACUUUGUAUCGGAGCAGUAACCAUGGAAAUAGUUAUCGGUCCAGCACCAUUGAAUAAAGAAUUUUGAGCAGUUUUAA